AUGCAUCGUGGCGUCAUGCGCAAGGUAGGCACUGCGCAUGUGCAUGAAACGUUGGAAGGAGAAGGCUCAGCACGUACUGUGGUUGUGAAGAGCGCUGUCAGUAAAUACACAAGCUCCGAACCCUUCCCGAAGGAGGUGCCAGCAACUCGGUGUGCGAGGGGCACUGGGACACGAUCCUGUCACUUCCUGAGACGGAGGGUGAACGGGGCGGUUACACGGAGGAAGACGCCGAGGACUAUUCUUCCUCCCGGAGCCGGCGGCGCUCUCCGACCGCUCGGGCAACAGGAGCCACGGCUCCCGGCCUUUUUUGUUAGUAAAAUUUGUGAUUAUCUUUGGUUUAUCAUGGAGAGAAGGAUAGACAGUGACAGAAGGAAAAUUAAGAACCCCAGCACGUCUUCAGAAGAACAGAAAAAAAGUGACAGAGGAAAAACAAAAAGAGAAAGAAAACGAAGCAGAAGUAGGUCCUCCUCCACGACAUCAUCAUCAAGUUCAUGCUCUUCAAGUUUGUCGUCAUCUUCAAGUUUGUCAUCAUCUUUAAGUAGCAGAAGCAGGUCAAGCAGUAGAGACUCCCAGAAACGAUCAAAAAUAAAGAAAAGGAAGAAAGAUAAACAACACAAAAAGGGAGGAAAAAAGGAGAAAAUAAAAAAGCACAAGAAGAAAAAGAAUGUGUGUUCUGGACCUGUUCAGAUUUCUAAGUUUCUGAAAGACAGGGGCAGAAGUGAUACAUACAGCAUGAUUACAGGAAAGAAAAUAAAAAUGAAAGUUAAAAAGACCAAAGAUGAUAAAGAGAGAGACCGAAAUCGAGCUGAACUCCUUCAGUUCCUGAACUCCGCAAUGUAAGGAAGAAGCACGUCAGUGGGAUUUCAAACCAUGAAACACUGGGUUUGUUAACUGCAAGAAGUUUGUCAUUGAAGCGCAAUGUGUUCACUUGUGUAGCUCAGGGAAAACCCCUUCAAAAGUGGAUCCAGAAAAUUUUUCAGUUAGAAAUAUAAAGGUCAUGUUGAGAUAUGAAUGUAUGAUUUUGAGAAGCUUACAUUAAAGAACAGAAACAAGACUGGCAUUCUUCAGGAUUUCUUUCAAUGUUUUACCACAGUACCUCUUGGAAAAUUCGUUAAUAAUAAUUCAGCUCAUUUGAUCACUCAGAAAAUUGUCCUGUUGAACAGAAUUUUCAUGUUCUGACAAUGUCUGCAAAAAAUUAAACAUUCCAAGGUAGUGAAAAAAUGCAAGGGAAGGCACAUCAUGACAUUUUAUUGAUUAUAAUUAGGGAAUUGGAUUUGCAAAAUCUGUCUUUGAUGUUUAAAAUGCUGCAUCAAAAUGUCUCUUGGGGAAUCCUCCAUAAUAAGCAAUUAUUGUUAUGUCAUGAAUUAUCAGGACGAAAGUUGUGAUGAUUAUGGAAGUAAUGCAUCAAUCUCUUCUUUUUGAAAACAAAAUUAUUUUGCAACACAACAAAAACCUAUAGCUUUAAACUCUACAGUGAAGUCUUUCAGAAAAAGGCGGGCUGAAGCCUAACAGAUUUGGCAUUAUUUGAACACUGUAUAUACUGAAGGAAGAAUGAGAAGAGGGAAACUAUCUGCCCUAAUCAAGUGGAGAUCAUGCAUGAAAAAGUAACACUAUGUAACCCAGCUGCAAGAACGGCAUUCAAUUUAAACAAGUGCAGCUUUCACACCGUGUUUUUAUGUAUGUGCUCAUAAGAAUAAUGUUUGGUUAUACUUUGAAUCUGUGCUUUGACUUUUCAUGUCCAUUAAGUGGAACAAAUUUAAUUGUUUCACCUUAUUUGCGUUGUAUGCUGUGAAAGGUUGAUGAAAACAGGAUCUAAGUGAUUCAAACCCACGAAUCUUGAAAAACUUCACAAUGAAAUUUCUAAAAAGCUGAGAGCUCAAUUGACUGAUUGAAAAUGAAUUUGGAAUAAAUAUCUAUAAGUAAAAGAUGCUGCUCCAUGGUACUGCAAUAAGUUGACUUACAUUAUUUCUUGAAAUGUUGGAAUAUUUGUUCAUAUUUUGUAUGAAAUUCUGCAAUUUUCAGACUUUUUUGUAAAGCUGAAACCCAUUGUCUAUCUAGACGUGAACUACAGCUAUUACAGAGAAUAAAGAAUAAUGUAUAGAAAGGGGAAA